AAGUUCCCCGGCAACCAGCAGCAUCCACCCGGCGGCAGGCGGGAGCCAGCGAGGCCCGGAAGGCUGCGGAGUGCGCCGGCCACUCGGAGUCCAGCGCGUCCCUGACUUCUCUUCGUCUUCCUACGCCUCCCACCCGCAAGGUCCGACUGAUCUCUACGCCAGUACCAAACCUGGGAGGGGGUUAGGAGCAGCCGCGCCCCCUUCCCCGCGGCGCCCCCCCCCCCCCCUUUCUCAGAUCCUCUCUCUGCAGCGUGCGUCCGGGCCGGUGCGCCCCGGCAGCGCCAGCCAUGUCGAUGCUGCCGUCGUUUGGUUUUACGCAAGAGCAAGUGGCGUGCGUGUGCGAGGUUCUGCAGCAAGGCGGGAACCUGGAACGCCUGGGCAGGUUCUUGUGGUCGCUGCCCGCCUGCGAUCACCUGCAUAAGAACGAGAGCGUGCUCAAGGCCAAGGCGGUGGUCGCCUUCCACCGCGGCAACUUCCGCGAGCUCUACAAGAUCCUGGAGAGUCACCAGUUCUCGCCUCACAACCACCCCAAACUGCAGCAGCUGUGGCUGAAAGCGCACUACGUGGAGGCCGAGAAACUUCGCGGCCGACCCCUGGGUGCCGUGGGCAAAUAUCGGGUACGCCGAAAAUUCCCGCUGCCGCGAACCAUCUGGGAUGGCGAGGAGACCAGCUACUGUUUCAAGGAGAAGUCGCGGGGCGUGCUGCGGGAGUGGUACGCGCACAACCCCUACCCCUCGCCGCGGGAGAAGCGGGAGCUGGCCGAGGCCACCGGCCUCACCACCACCCAGGUCAGCAACUGGUUUAAGAACCGGAGGCAAAGAGACCGGGCCGCCGAGGCCAAGGAAAGGGAGAACACUGAAAACAAUAACUCCUCCUCCAACAAGCAGAAUCAACUCUCUCCUCUGGAAGGGGGCAAGCCGCUCAUGUCCAGCUCAGAAGAGGAAUUCUCACCUCCCCAAAGUCCAGACCAGAACUCGGUCCUUCUGCUACAGAGCAAUAUGGGCCACGCCAGGAGCUCAAACUAUUCUCUUCCAGGCCUAACGGCCUCACAGCCCAGCCACGGCCUGCAGGCUCAUCAGCACCAGCUCCAGGACUCUCUACUGGGCCCACUCACCUCCAGUCUGGUGGACUUAGGUUCCUAAGUGGGGAGGCACUGGGGCCUUGAAGGGGUGGCAACAAUUAGGGACACUUGUACAUAGAAGUCAGGAACAAUUUCGCAGCUUGUUUCUGGGGUUCUUUGCGCAUAAAGGGAUGAUGGGCUUUCACAAACGUCUUUUUAAAAAUUACAACCAAGAGUGAUCUCAGUCGAUUAUAGGCUCCCUCCUCUCUCUUUAAUACUCUUGUAUUUCCCCUCCCACUGAAAGGUCAGGAAACAAAAGCACCUAGUCUUGGUCCUGGGCAACCCAGGCAUCCAUUUCAGUAGCCUCUCCCUCCACCUCCUCUUCCUCGUCUUCCUUCUCCUCCUCUUCUUCAUUUUCUUUUAGUGAAGACAAAAAAUACAAAUCAACUGGAUUUUAAAUAUUUCCUUUUAAUUUAUUUAUGGAGGAAUGGUUUAGGGAAGAGGAAAAGGUAAUGAAGAGAAAGACAGACAUGUCAAAAAUAACGAAAGCAGAAACCCUCCAGGCUGAGAGGAGCUGGCUGCAUUCUGAAGAUGAAUAGGAAAAAAAUACAAUCAUAACUGUUUUUGAUGGGAAAAUUAAGUUUACAUUUUUCAUAUUUAGUGUUAAAUAAUUUUAUGUAGAUUAAAAUAAAAGAACAGUAUUAGUCGGGGGGAAGUGCCUAAAUGUCUUAAUGCUCUCUAUGUGAGGCAGUUAGAAAUAGAAGUGACUUUAGAAAUACAACUAUUGUUGUCAAAAUUUAGUGGGGGUUUUUGGUGAUUGUUUUCUUUCUUUUUCUUCUUAUGACAAACUCUAAAAGUGUACCCACAAGGGAGGGGAACCCACUUUCCCAAACGUCCUCACUUCUGCCCUCAGGAUCCCUAUGGUCAGGCUACCUCUGCGAAGGGGACUCCUCUGGUCCCACUUUCUCCUUGCAAAAGGGUGCCAACAAACCUGGCCACGACCUGGUAUUUGUUACUAAAACAGCAUGUGUUUCUAGGCUUCUUUUCUACUGUACCACACCAGUCUAAACUGAAACUCAGUAGACCGCCAGGAGUUUGGUUCUGUUUCUGAAAAAGGUGAGUCCUGCCUUGCUGUCAUGGGCCUCUUUAAAAACAAGUUUCCUUGCUUACUUAGUAGCAGCUAUGAAUUGCAGGGUAUUUCUUUUUGAAGCCUAUCACCUGAAACUAAGGAUAUCAACUAGGUUAAUGAUAUGACAAAAGAGAAGAACUUUAGCCUUGGGUAUUUAUUUAUUUUUUAUUAUUUAGAAAUGCAGUUUUGUUUACCACUGUUUCUUCUCCACGGCGUUCAUAUGUUAACCCGGCUCUUCUGUGUUAACAACGUAUGAAAAGACUGUGAAAGUAAAAAUAAUUUAUCUGCUUUUUUUUUUUAUUUUGGAAGAGGGAACUCGAACACGGAUUGAAAAUUAUGAAUUGAUCUGUACCAAUAAAAAGCAGGCCCACCAGGCGCUCUUUUCUCGGAUAGUGUCCAGAAAAAUCCCAGUAAUCAUGAAGGCUCCAUGUUCUUUUUUGCCUGGGGCAAAAUGAUGUAUCUCCUGUAUUUAGCUUUUAAGACUAGUGAAACAAAUGGUAUUAUUUAUUAAAAUUCUACUCAGGAUAACACGAUUGGCUUGCUUGUGCUUUGUAAAAUAUUGUUCCCUGGGGAGAGUCUAUUUAUUUCCUGACAUGACAGUUUCAUAAUUUUGAUUUUUCCUCAUCUAUAAAUGUCAACAUUAAUAUAUUUCUUUCUUA